AUGUCGGACCGACAGUACAACCAAUACAACACCGGCUACGCUGGUGGCUAUGGCGGUGGCUACGGCCAAUCCAACCCAUACGACAACCGCGAUGGCAGCUAUGAGCAUCCUCCUCCCUCCUACGGUCAGAAUGUCGAGAUGCAGCCGCUCACCAACAAUGGCGCACCGUAUGCACCAACACCCGAACCUCGCGACCCCAAUGCGAUCCUCAACGACUGCCGUGCUGUGGGACGAGCGAUUGACGACCUCGAGGGCCGCUUGAACGAGCUGCAACGUCUCCAGAAGAACUUCACUUCCGGGUCAGGGGCUUCGAAUAAGGAUGUUGACAGCCUCUCGGCGGACAUUAUGAGCGGCUACCGAGGCCUGGCGGACCGUGUCAAGCGCAUCAAGUCCCAACCCGAUGCUAGAAGUCCACGCAAUCAGGCACAAGUCGAUGCUCUGGACCGGAGGAUACGCAAGGCCAUCAACCAGUACCAGCAGGUUGAAUCGCAAUUCCGCAAGGAGGUUCAAGAGCAGCAGAGGAGACAGUACCUGAUUGUGAACCCAAAUGCGACGGAGCAGGAAAUUCGAGAAGUCACUGAGGCGGGUGGUGAUACGCAGAUCUUCCAACAGGCGCUGUUGAAUGCAGACCGCCGAGGACAGGCUCAGAGUACAUUGGCCAACGUCAAGCAGCGACACCAAGCCAUUCAGCAGAUCGAGCGCACUAUGAUUGAGCUGCAGCAGCUGUUCCAAGACCUGGAUGCUAUGGUCGUCCAGCAAGAGGAGCCCGUUAUGGCUAUUGAGCAGAAGGCCGAGGAGACACACACACAUCUUGAAGCAGGCAAUGUUCAUGUCGGCAAGGCGGUGGACAGUGCUCGCGCCGCCAGAAAGAAGAAGUGGAUAUGCCUUGGUAUUGUUGGUGAGUCUCUUGCACAAUCACGGUUUCGUUCUUGGAACGCAGUACUGAUUGUCUCUUGCAGUUGCGAUCAUCAUCGCUAUCGUUCUCAUCGUCGUCAUUUAUCUCGCAGCAACUGGAAGGCUCAGCAGCGGGAACAAGAACAGCAAUAACAAUGCCAACAACAAUCAAAAUACCAAUAACGGGCAGUAA